AGUACGCCAUUAGCGCGGCGACACAGACGUUAGCAUCUAGCGUUUAGCAUUGCUCAAGUUUGUCGGUGUGCUCGCUACAAGGCAUCAACAUGUUGAAAGAGUUGGUGAAAGAGCGACUAAUGGCGGCAGCUGAUGAAAUAUUCGCGCUGUUUGAAAGCACGAUAACGUCGUACGAGGAGGAACUUUGUCGAACGAGAGAGGAGAAGGAGCGACAUCGACAACAACUGGAAGCUGUCUGCAAAACUCAAAUUGUGCUACACGUUGAAGUCUUCGACGCGCUGUGCCGACCGUCCUCCUGUGCCUCUUCCUCCGACGCCCAGCCUGGCACCUCGGUGACUGCACUGCAGUCCGAAUCCGACAAUUUACAACCUGCAAGCCAGGCUCCGCGAUGUGCUCAGCGUACUCCGUUCACCGUAGCGGCAAUGGGGAAGAUGUCGGUGCCACAGACGGAAGAGUGCCACAGAAAGGUCACUGCACACAUAGUCAAAAGACUGCAUCCCUUUUCAGAGGUGGAAUCUCCAACGUUUAGGGAUAUGGUGAAAACUCUCAACCCAAAAUACAUACCACCUUCCAGGGACUACCUGUCAAACACAUUGAUCCCGGCAUGGUACAAGAAGAAUCGAGAAUCGUCAGGAAUCGGAAUCGAAACAAAGAAUCGGAAUCGGAAUUGUUCGAAUUCAAACGAUACCCAACCCUAUACGUCAUCCUAUCUAGACGUUUUCAACCGGAAGUUUAGCGGGAAAUUUAAAAUUGCACUUUAUAAGUUAACCCGGCCGUAUUGGCAUGUGUUGCAAUGUUAAGAUUUCAUCAUUGAUAUAUAAACUAUCAGACUGCGUGGUCGGUAGUAGUGGCUUUCAGUAAGCCUUUAAGGUGCGGUAGUGGGAACAAAUAUGGGGUAAAAAUAAAUUACACAAGAGGUAAUAAAGAAAAAAAACAACAACUAACAAUUGAAAUAAACAGACUACUAUCCAAUAAAAAUAAUAAGCAAUCCUGUACAAUAUACAAAACACUAUAGAAAUACAAAAUACUGUACAAUAUACAGUACAAGACAAGAGUACCGGAGUAAAAAAUAACAAUCAGUGUCGGAUGUAUUGCACUCGAAGCGUAAUAUUGCACAGUAGGGUAUUAGGGUAGGAUAUUGUAUAGGGGUGAAUUAUUAUUAUAAGUUAGAGUUCAGGAUGGUGACAGCUCUGGGAAAGAAGCUGUCUCUGAGCCUGUUUGUACUGGCUCUGAUGCACCUGUAAUGCCUGCCCGAUGGUAGUAGGUCGAACAGGUGGAAGCCAGGGUGUGUGCUGUCCUUAGUGAUGCUUUUUGCUCUGUUGAGACAGCGGGAGUUGUGUAAAUCCUUCAGGGAGGGGAGGGGACAGCCGAUGAUUUUUUUGUGCAGACUUUCUGACCCUCUGACUCGCUCGUUUGUCUGCUUCAGUGCAGCCGGAGUACCACACUGUUAUGCAGUACGUCAGCAGGCUCUCGACAGCCGAGCGAUAGAAGGUCACCAUCAGCUGCCUCUCCAGUCUGUUCUUCCUCAGCACCCUCAGGAAGUGGAGUCUCCGCUGGGCCUUCCGCAUGACCGCAGUUGUAUUUUGGGUACAGGAGAGGUCAGCAGAUAUGAGGGUACCGAGGAACUUGAAGGAGCUGACUCUCUCCACCUCCUCGCUGUUGAUGUAGAGGGGGGCGGGGUCUGCAGUGUUUUUCCUGAAGUCAAAGAUGAGUUCCUUGGUUUUUGUGGUGUUCAGUGCCAGAUUAUUCACUGAACACCACGCUGAUAACUUCAGGACCUCAUCUCUGUAUGCAGACUCAUCCCCCCCCCUGUAAUGGGACCCACCACCGUUGUGUCAUCGGCGAAUUUGAUGAUGGUGUUCUCCGGGUGGGCUGGACUACAGUCAUGGGUGUAGAGGGAAUACAGUAAAGGGCUCAGCACACAGCCCUGUGGAGAGCCGAUGCUGAGUGUGCGGGAGGAGGAGAGAUGAGGGCUGAGUUUCACUGUCUGAGGUCGGUUGGUCAGGAAGUCCUUAAUCCAAAGACAGGUGGGUGUGGGGAGGCCUAAAUCCAGCAGUUUGGUGACCAGGAUGUCUGGAAUGAUGGUGUUGAAGGCGGAGCUAUAGUCGAUGAAAAGCAUCCUGACAUAGCUCCCCCGGUGUUUCAGGUGGCUCAGUGCAGAGUGGAGAGCCAUGGUUAUGGCGUCGUCCGUGGAUCUGUUCGCCCGAUAGGCAAACUGCUGAGGGUCUAGGGUGGGGGGAGGCAGGCUUGGAUGUGGUGUAGGACUAGCCUCUCGAAGCACUUCAUGAUGACAGGUGUGAGUGCUACUGGGCGAUAGUCGUUGAGGUUGUUUGUGGCAGCUUUCUUGGGUACCGGGAUAAUUGUGGCGGAUUUAAGGCAGGGUGGGAUGAGUUCCUGUGCCAAGGAGAUGUUGAAGAGGACGGUGAUAAUGCAGGAGAGAUGGUCAGCACAUGCUUUGAGCACCUUCCCGGGUACACCGUCCGGACCAGCCGCCUU